AUGGAAGAGUCGCAACGACCUGAGGCCAUGCGCUCUCAUUAUUCUGAUGCCCGCGAACACCGACGAGUUGUACACAAUCCCGUAUCUCCGGAACGGGCAGGAAAGGAGGACGUCAUGAUCAAUCUAUCUCUCUCCGAACAAUCGCCUCGUACCCGAUCUCCUGUGGCCCGAUCACAUUUACGCUCCCGAUCACUGGCUGGAAUCCCGGGAAUGCCAUCGAUGACGCGCGUAUGGUCCACCCCAGGACUUGACUCUCAUGGAAGAUAUAUCUUUGUCAACGGCCGCGAGGUACCCGCACCUUCAGUCGACAGUUCGAAACGCUUGUUCCCCUCGCAGAUGCGCGACGAUCAUAUCGAAACCCGCCUCGGAUCACUCAACAUCUCCGAGACUAUUUCCGAGAAUGCGGAACUUGAGACGGCCCCCAUCUCACCUAGCUCUCCACGCAGUUCCUCUCCCGUCCCAAUGCAGCAGCACUUCCUUCGCGUCGGUCGCAUGCGCUCUACCUCUCCCCUCAAUUUUCAACCACCUAUGACUAGUCUGCCAUCUCCCCACGCCUCUCCAAUACUGAGUUCACGUUUCAAUGAGUCCUAUCCAAGUAACUCGAACUCUACCACUUCAUCUGUGCCGUCUACUCCCACCAGUCUCCGCUCCCGCAGUCCUAGCAUUUCGUCAUUGGAAACUAUUGCCGAUAUCCCCGAUGCUGAGGCCGAGGCUCUUGAAGAGGAUGAUCGUAUCGCCAAAUUGAAAGCUGCAGCCGAUGCGGACGAUGAAGAUAACAAUGUGAACCGACGACGCGGUACAGCGGAUUAUAUUCCUUCCGGUUCAUUCAACGCCAUGCGAGGAGGUCCCAACACCUACCGAAGUGAUAAACGCAAGCGAUGGAGUGUCUGCGGUGCUGAGCGCCGUCAGGAUCUAGACUUGGAGACCAUCUGGGAAGAUUAA